GUUUACUCUAUGACACCCUAUUUCUAUGACAAAGUCUCGUGUGAGCUUCUGCAAAAACUUAUUUUCUUCAAAAUAACGAGGUCUGAGAAUGGAAGAUCCAGUAUUAUAUGGUGAAUUUAGGAGGCAGUUGAAAGCUGUUCAAAUUUCAUUAAGAGUGAAUGUAAAAUCCAUCGAUAAUACAACUGAAAAAUGUCGACUGAACUCUCCUCAAACAUACAGUAUAGAGGUCAGAUCAGAUGUCAUCAUCUUACUUUGUGACAAACCAUUCAAGCAAUGGACAUUUAUCCUUCCUGAGGGGCUCCAUUCUCUACCUGGAUCCUGCAGUGGACUGGAGUGGAUCCAGGGAGAAGGGAUCCAGAUGAGACUCCAGCUGGAGACCAGUGAUGAAGGUGAUGGAGGAGAGAAGAGAGGGGAGCUGGACGAAGAGACUGGUGAUCAGUUUCUCAAGGCAUUGGAUGAUCCGAGCUGUGAAGUGACUUGCUCUAGAUGUGGGGCAAUACUUGUUCAACCUGCUAGUGGCUUCAAGAAGGUCCUACCCCUGCCCUUGGGAGACUGGGGUGACAUGGCGGCUGACAUGUGGUGCUGUAAGAGCAAGGUCAUCGCAGAGGAAAGGGGCAAGAUGAGCCCUCUACAGUUGACCCCUGAAGAAGAUUGCAUCAUGGUGGAUGACCUUUAUCUUCUCGUCAAUUCAAGGAUGUUAAACAAGGGGUCAGUCCAGAUGGAAGUGAAGAAGAAGACAGUUGUGCCAAAUAAACAGGGGAGAACUAGUAAAUGGUUCAGCAUACUGUGUCAGAGGUGUGGUUGCAUUCUCGGAUCUAUAGAUAGUUCAGGGGGCAGCAGUCAGUUAGAAACCACCAAGCUAUAUCGAUAUGCAAUCUGUAUCCAGCAAAAAGAAAAUGGACUUUCUCAUACCAUCAAUCCUCUUCAACACACUAUAUGCACCUUGAUGGUCAAACUGUUCAAGACUCAGAUGACCUUCAAGUAUAUCAUUGAGGAUGAAGAGGAACAUAGACCAAGGCUACUGGUAUGGCUGUUAGGAAUAGACACCAGGCUUCUGUAUGGAGGAGCGCCAUCUAUCAACAGAGAAGAGACAGGGAAUUCAUCGUCUCAUCAACCGUCCUCUUCUGUACCAUUAGAGGGCAGCAGAUUAGAAAUCCAACUGAAGAGUCAACCAAUCGUCAAGGUCCUCUAUCAGACAUGCACCAGUGAUGCAGGUCAAAGGUUAGGUGAAGAAUGGAACAAAGACCUAAUGGUUCAUGGCAUUACACUCACCAAGGAAGCGUGUCUACAACUAGGGUUACUAUUAGCAACCAGUACUCUACAGGCUCCGCCUUCGAUGAGGCAAAUGAAUGGAUUCAUGGUGGGUUCUCUGAAGCUUUGAUGACAGUGAAGAAUGAAAAAGUAAGUAAACAGGGAACAAACAAAGAAAGAAGGAAGAUGGAAGAAGAAAGAAGAAUGAAGGAAAAGAAAGAUUUAAGCAGAGAAGAGAAUGGAAGAAGAAUGGAGGAAAAGAAGAGGAUGAAGGAGAAGAAGAGGAAGAGGAGAAGAAGAGCGAGAAGAAAAACAAGAAGUAGGAAGAAAGAAGAGGAGGUUGAAGAGGAGGAGAAGGAUUGGAGGAAAAUGAUAGUGGACAGAGGAAGAGGAGGAUGUUCACCAAUUGCUGACAAGAUAUAAAUGUUGCAUUGAUUUUAGAUUGUGCAAUAUUGACAAGUUUGCAUAAAAUAAAAAUACAAUUUUUUUGUCAAAUUAGCUGUUAUAGUGUCUUUAUGAUGUAUUCUCUUGUUAGCUAUUAAUGUAAAAGAAACUUGAAUAUUACCAAGAAAAGAGGGGAUAUUUAGAUUUUACUAGCAGAGGAUACAACAGGGUUAUGAUACACUUACCCUUGCCAUUUCCUGUCUUUAUGCCUUUAGAUAUCAACGCACCCGAUACAAACUACAUGUACAUGUGUUGCUGAAUAUUUUGGUGUAUACUCAAGAGCAUGUGUAGAGUGUAAAAAAAUGAACACCCCAAUCCAUUAUUGAUGUUCUAAAACUGCAAAUGCUUACAAGCUUUCAAUGAUGUAUGCUACCAGGAGUCAGUCAGUGAGUGAGGAAGAGAGAGAGAGGGGAAUGGGUCAGCGGGAUAAAAGAGAGAUGAGAGAGGGGGAGAUUGAGCUUGAAAGCUUCGGGAGGGCGGUAAAGAAAAAGAGAAAGAAAGAGGAAAAUAAAUAUGGAGUGAAAUUAAACGAGAAAAGAGAUAAAGAGUCAGAGAAAGAGAGGGGGAGAUGGGAGAGAGAAGAAGAAAAAGAGAGAGAUGGAACGGAAUACAGGAGAUGACAGAUCGGGGAAGGGGGGGGGGGGAUAAAAGAGAAAGAAAGGGAGAGAGAGAGAGAUGGAGGAGGACCAUACACACCCCUCUUCUUUAUAAAGCUGCAAUGUCUGACAGUUAGUGAUAUCCAUUUCUUUCAAACUCCCCUUUUAUCAUACGCCCGUCCUAGACGGGACGUAUUAUGGUAUCAUGAUCGGUGUCCGUCCAUCCAUCCAUCUGUUAACCUAGGCUCAUAUAAUUUGGUGUGUAUGAUACUAGCAUGGAUCCCACGAAUCCUUUAGAUUUUGAGGUCAAAAGGUCAAGGUCAUGGCGACAUGUUUUCAUCUUACCCUUCUGCAGUCCUUGUAAACGUGAUAACUUCAGUUUGACUUAACCUAGGCUCAUAUAAUUUGGUGUGCAUGAUACUAGCAUGAAUCCCAGGAAGCCUAUUGAUUUGGAGGUCAAAAGGUCAAGGUCACAGUGACAUGUUUUCAUCUUACCCUUCUGAAAUCAUUGUAAACGCGAUAACUUCAGUUUAACUUCAUCUACAUGUAGGCUCAUAUGAUUUGGUGUGUAUAAUACUAGCAUGGAUCCCACGAAGCCUUUUGAUUUCAAGGUCGAAAGGUCAAAGCCGCAGUGACAUGUUUUCAUCUUACCCUUCUGAAGUCCUUGUAAACGUGAUUACUUCAGGGUAACUUAACCUAGGCUCAUAUAAUUUGGUGUGUAUGAUACUAGCAUAAUUCCCAGGAAGCCUAUUGAUUUUAAGGUCAAAGGUCAAGGUCUCAGUGACAUGCUUUCAUGUUACAUUUCUGAGGUCCUUGUAAACGCGAUAACUUCAGUUUAACUUAACGUGGUGUGUAUGAUACUAGCAUAGAUCCCAGGAAUUCUAUUGAUUUUGAGGUCAAAAGGUCAAGUCACCACCUUCCACUUUUCUUGCUUGACCAAAAGCUCCAUUUUCCAUGUUACAGGCGAGCGUAUUAUGUGCUCGCCCCAAGGACACUCUUGCUAUCUAUUGAUUUAAUGCCAAAAUGUUACCUACCUGCUUUUCCACUAUGUUUCAACAAAAUAAUGCUAUCCAUACCUACCACACAAGACAAGCAUCUAAUAUUUGUAUAACCCUGCAUGCUGUUGGCUCACAAAUCUCAGAAAUUAUGGUCCCAAUGUUUUGAAUUUCCUACCUACUAGUACUAGGAAUAUAUUAUCAGUGCAUUCCUUCAAAAGUGCGGUUAAACAAAUACUUGUCUUUAAGAUGUAAUUCUCUCACAAGAUCAAUAUUGUUGUACUGUAUGUUUGAUACUUAAAGAUUAAUAUAAUUUCAAGCAUUAUUAUGCCUCACAUUAUUUUGGUAAAUAUUUGUAUUUAUAGCUGUGGAACAUAAUGAUUUGUUUUUUUUCUGUUUGUAAAUUGUAAUUAGUUAGUUCGUUUGACUUUCUUAGUAUUAUCUUUUAUACAUGUAUGUAUUUUAUAUUUCCAAAGGUGUGACAAAGGCUCAAGCAUCUGCUUUAUAUAUUGUCAUGCCGCUGCAUGUUUGCCACUUUCGAACAAUCAUUUAUGUAAAUGAUCAUAUACAUCUCUCUUAUGUAAAAUUUGUUAUAUUUUCGUCUGUGAUGGUCACAUUGUGUACAUUGUCAUGACAUGCAUAUACAAAUAAAUGAACGAAUGAAUAUAUAAUUAAAUGAAUAAAUAAAUACAUGUAAAUGAA